GCAUUCGGCCCCUUCCGGGUCAGAGCCGGCCAGUCGCGACCUGCCCGCAGCCAUGUGGGUCUGGGCCUACGGGCCCUUUCCGACUGGGGUGCUCCAACCUCGGGCGGAGGGCCCUGCUUUCCCCCUUCCCACAGCUUACCGCCCCCGGCCCCCCGCGCCAGGGCGGGGCGGGGCAGGCUGCUCCGAGACCCCGCCUCCUCCUGCCGCCACCAGCCCCGCCUCUCCCGCUGCUGCCGGCUCCCUCCGGCCCCGCGGUGCGGUGCGCGCGUGCGCUGGCCCUCGCCUCGGAGCAGCCAUGAUGGAAGGCCUGGACGACGGCCCCGACUUCCUCUCGGAGGAGGACCGCGGACUUAAAGCAAUAAAUGUAGAUCUUCAGAGUGAUGCUGCUCUGCAAGUGGACAUUUCUGAUGCUCUUAGUGAAAGAGAUAAAGUAAAAUUCACUGUUCACACAAAGAGCUCAUUGCCAAAUUUUAAACAAAAUGAGUUUUCUGUUGUUCGACAACAUGAGGAAUUUAUCUGGCUUCAUGAUUCCUUCAUUGAAAAUGAAGACUAUGCGGGUUACAUUAUCCCACCAGCACCACCAAGACCUGAUUUUGAUGCUUCAAGGGAAAAACUUCAGAAGCUGGGAGAAGGCGAAGGGUCCAUGACAAAGGAAGAGUUCACAAAGAUGAAACAGGAACUGGAAGCUGAGUAUUUGGCAAUAUUCAAGAAGACUGUUGCAAUGCAUGAAGUGUUCCUAUGUCGUGUGGCAGCACAUCCUAUUUUGAGAAAAGAUUUAAAUUUUCAUGUCUUCUUGGAAUAUAAUCAAGAUCUGAGUGUGAGAGGAAAAAAUAAAAAAGAGAAACUUGAAGAUUUCUUUAAAAACAUGGUAAAAUCAGCAGAUGGAGUAAUUGUUUCAGGAGUAAAGGAUGUAGAUGAUUUCUUUGAGCAUGAACGAACAUUCCUUUUAGAAUAUCAUAACCGAGUUAAGGAUGCAUCUGCUAAAUCUGAUAGGAUGACAAGAUCCCACAAAAGUGCUGCAGAUGAUUACAAUAGAAUUGGUUCUUCAUUAUAUGCUUUAGGAACUCAGGAUUCUACAGAUAUAUGCAAGUUUUUUCUCAAAGUUUCAGAACUGUUUGAUAAAACAAGAAAAAUAGAAGCACGAGUGUCUGCUGAUGAAGACCUCAAACUUUCCGACCUUUUAAAAUAUUACUUAAGGGAAUCUCAAGCUGCUAAGGAUCUCCUCUAUCGAAGAUCUAGGUCACUAGUGGAUUAUGAAAAUGCUAAUAAAGCACUGGAUAAAGCAAGAGCAAAAAAUAAAGAUGUUCUGCAGGCUGAAACCUCCCAACAAUUAUGUUGUCAGAAAUUUGAAAAAAUAUCUGAAUCUGCAAAACAAGAACUUAUAGAUUUUAAGACAAGAAGAGUUGCUGCAUUCAGAAAAAAUUUAGUGGAACUGGCAGAGUUAGAACUGAAGCAUGCAAAGGGUAACCUACAGUUGCUGCAGAACUGCUUGUUCCCGAGGAAAAUCUUUUUUCACCACUGUGGCUGCCGUCUGCUGCGUUCAUCUUUGACAGAGUCCGAGUGGGAAAGGACCAGAGGGCACUGGGCGGGACCAGCCUGCGCGCGGGCUGCGGGGCGGGACCGCCGGGGCUCCCCGGGGACACCGGACAAGCUGCGGCGGAAGGGCACCGCGGAGCGCUUUGCUUCGUGUGCUUUCUUCACAACUCCGCGGGACGCUUUUCUUUCCCUCCCGCGUUCCCGGAUCAGGCGACUGCAUGUUCGGACGCCGAGUGCAACUUGGGAAGACCCCAGAAAGAAACACUGCCACUGCCCCCAUCUUACUGGGGCGGCUUAG